GCGGCUUCUCGAUUCUUGACCAUCCUGCUGUUCUGCCUUCUCCGUCCGCGCCUUCGAGAAGGCCACAGAGCGAAGGAAUUGCAGAGUUUUCUUGGCGCGAAAGAAGGAGAGAGAGAGAGAGAGAGAGAGAGAGAGAGAGAGAGAGAGAGAGAGGAAGACGAAGAUGUUUAUCCAGAAGGCAUGGAGGACGGCGGCGUUUGGGCUCUACGGCUUCAACCAUUUCACAAAAUCUGGUUUCCUGGAGCAUGCGAAGAAAUUCAGAGAGGAGGAUAUGCAGAUCCGGUUGGAUGGAAAAAAUUGCCUAGUAACUGGAGCGAAUUCUGGCAUUGGUUUUGCUACGGCUGAGGGUUUGGCUUCACAUGGUGCUACCGUCUAUAUGGUCUGUCGUAACAAGGAGAGAGGGGAGGCAGCUCUCAACCAAAUAAGAUCCAAAACUGGCAAUGCAAAUGUUCAUCUGGAGAUAUGUGACCUUUCAUCUAUCAAUCAAGUAAAAUCGUUUGCAACAAAGUUCACUUCGAUGGAUAAACCACUCCAUGUCUUGGUAAACAAUGCUGGCUUACUAGAGCACAAGCAUGAGAUUACAGCAGAAGGGUUGGAGCUCAAUUUUGCUGUCAAUGUAGCUGCGACAUACACUUUAACAGAGCUAGUUAUGCCGUCAUUGGAGAAAGCGGCACCAGAUGCUCGUGUCAUCACAGUUGCAUCAGGAGGCAUGUACACCGAGCCACUGAACAAAGACUUACAGUUCACCGAAGGCACCUUCGAUGGGACGCAACAGUAUGCUCGAAACAAAAGAGUUCAGGUGGCACUGACUGAAUGGUGGGCUGAGAAAAGCGGUGACAGGGGAGUCGGUUUCUACGCCAUGCAUCCUGGAUGGGCCGAUACGCCUGGGGUCGCCAAGAGCUUGCCCGGACUGUCAGAGAGGUUGUCUGGAAACCUGAGAACAAAUGACGAAGGAGCUGAUACAGUGGUUUGGUUGGCGUUGCAACCUAAGGAGAAGUUAGCCUCGGGAGCCUUUUACUUCGACCGUGCUGAAGCACCAAAACAUUUGAAGUUUGCUGGGACUGCAGAUUCGCACGCUCAGAUAAACCCUAUCGUUGAUAGCAUUAGAUCCAUCUGUGGUCUCUCUGUUAAUGGUUGAGCUGCCAAAGCAAAAGUGAUAUACAGCUCCAUCGUCAAUAGCAUUAGAUUCAUCUGUGGCUUCUCUGUU